AUGGAGGCAAACAAAUCAUUUUUACAUCUCCCAAAAUGCUCAAAUUAUGCUCAAGUCUUCAACAUUGAACGAGGGAGUCAUGAGAACAGUAGGAUCUCUAAGAAGAGAAAACCAAAUCCAGAUUACGCUCAAGUCUCCAACAUUGAAGGGGUGAGCCAUGAGAACGCUCAAGUCUUCAACAUUGAAGGAGGGAGUCAUGAGAAUAGUAGUGAUGAUGACGAGUACGUCAAAUUACUCGAACAAUAUGGACAUAUGAUAGGCCCUCCCGAUGGUGAUGAUUCUGGUGAUUCUUCUCGUGGCGGUGAUGAUUCUCCUGGCGAUGAUGAUUCGAGGGACAUCAUAAUCCCUGAAGGAAGUUCAAAACAGUACAAAUCACUACAAUUGGAGAAUGGAUUAGAAGUUAUCCUUGUGUUUGAUCCUGGAUUAGGCACCAGAGCUGUUGCUGCUAUGAUCAUAAGGGUGGACUCUUUGUUUGACCAUGUGGAAGUUCUUGGAUUAGCACAUCUGUUCGAACACCUCGUCUUCAGAGGCACAAAUCUCUUUCUUGGAGAAAAAGAGUUUGAAAUUUUUUUGAGUGAGCAUGGAGGCAUGACAAACGGGUUCACAGAGUUAGAGCACACUUGUUUCACGAUGGAAGUGCAACAAAAAUAUUUGAAAGGUGCUUUGGAAAGGUUUUCUAUGCUUUUUAUUGCACAUUUGUUGCACUCUAAGUCUGUGAAAAACGAAAUCAAUGCCAUUGAUGCAGAGUUUAAGUUCCAUAUGCAAGAUGAUAAUUAUGGCCUUGCUCAACUCAAAGGACAUAGUGUAAAGGAUCUUUAUCCUAUUUCUUCAAGAAUCAAGGUAGGUUGGAUAAGUUCUUUGUCUGCAACUUUUCAUGGAGACCAAUUUGAUGCCACUUCAUCCGGCCGUGCUUUUUCCAUCACCAUAGAGCUUACUAAAUCCGGUUUAGAAAAGUACAACCUCAGCUUCUUUCAUCUGAUUCUGUCUACAAAACCCAUCAUAUACUAUCCGGCCAAGAGAGACACAAAGUUUACAGUAACAGAUGAUCUGAUUAUUACACCAAUGAACUCCAGCUCAGCCUUUUGCUUGCUGAAGAAGUUGCAGAAUCAAGCAGAGGAUCUUGAGGUGCAAGAAAUAAGAAUCACCAAAACAGAGGCUGCAAGUUUGUUGAGAGCUUCCUUGGUGACAUCAUCUGCAUUGAACACUGCUUUGUGGAACUUGAUCGCGAAGAAUCCAAAGGAGGAAACUUGA